GUGGGUGGUGGUCUGAAUCUGUACAUCAUCUGGGUUACUGUAACAUAGGAAAAUUUUAGUUUGCACUUCAGUGUGCUUACUAAUAAAAGUAAAUAAACAAUCAUUCAUUAUGCAUGUGAAAUCCUUAAAUCAUACAAUGUAUAGCCUGUUAUAAAGUAUGUGAGAUGGGAAUACUAUAAAGCAACAAAUUUGCUGUGUCCAAAUUUACUUGUGUGUAACUUUAUGAGGACAAGACUAUGGCUACUUCAUUGUAUCUACUUGUACUGAGUAUUCUCAUACAAACAUCACAUCUGACAGCUGAUGUUCGGAGGAAAAACAAUCCAACCAGCUUCAACAUUGGUGGAGUACUAAGCAACAGGGAAAGCAUGAUGUUUUUCAAGCAAACAAUUUCAAAUUUGAAUUUCCAUAGUCAGUAUGUUACAAAAGGUAUAACGUAUGAUUCUACUGCAAUUUUAAUGGAUCAAAAUCCAAUACGUACUGCUCUCAGUGUUUGUAACUACCUUAUAAACCAAUCAGUUUAUGCAGUCGUGGUAUCACAUCCGUUGACUGGUGAUCUCUCUCCUGCAGCUGUUUCUUAUACUAGUGGCUUCUAUCACAUACCAGUUAUUGGAAUAUCAUCUAGGGAUUCAGCUUUUUCUGACAAGAACAUCCAUGUGUCUUUCUUGCGUACAGUGCCUCCAUAUUCUCAUCAAGCUGAUGUGUGGGUGGAGUUACUGAAACACUUAGGUUACAGGAAAGUGAUAUUUAUUCAUAGCUCUGAUACAGAUGGCAGGGCCCUUCUGGGACGAUUCCAGUCUACUUCACAGAGUCUAGAAGAUGAUGUGGAGAUGAAAGUGCAGGUGGAGUCUGUGAUUGAAUUUGAACCUGGACUGGAUAGUUUCAUUGAUCAACUUCUGGAAGUAAAAAAUGCUCAGUCACGAGUUUAUAUACUCUAUGCUGGGGAAACAGAUUCUAAGGUGAUCUUCCAAGAUGCCAGUCUUCUGAAUAUGACUGGGAAAGAUUAUGCAUGGAUUGUAACUGAACAGGCUCUUGAAGCUCAUAAUGUUCCUAUUGGAAUAUUAGGACUGAAAUUAGUCAACGCUACUAGUGAAGAAAAUCACAUUAAAGAUAGCAUUUAUGUAUUGGCAUCUGCUUUGCGACAAAUGAAUCAGACAGAGGUUAUAACAGAAGCACCAAAAGACUGUGGCAAUUCAGCACAAACAUGGGAGACAGGAAAGACAUUAUUUGAAUUCAUCAAAAAACAGACCCUAGUAAAUGGAUCCACAGGUAAUGUGGCAUUUGAUGACAACGGAGAUCGCAUCAAUGCUGAGUAUGAUAUUAUUAAUGUCCAGAAUCAAACACAAAUUUCAGUUGGACAAUACCAUUAUUCAAACGAACAAAAAAGAAUGAAACUAAAACUAGACAAGAGUGCUAUCAUAUGGCCUGGGAACACAGACAAACAGCCUCCUGGGUUCAUGAUCCCUACACAUCUGAAAGUCCUGACUAUUGAAGAGAAGCCAUUUGUAUAUGUACGUGAAAUCCAAGCUGAAGGAGAAGGAUGUACUCCAGAUGAGAUACCAUGCCCACACUUCAAUAAUACAAAUGAUGGUUUCAAGCAAUACUGCUGCAAGGGGUUUUGCAUGGACCUUCUCAAGGAACUGGCCAAAAAGAUUAACAUCACAUAUGAGCUCUUAUUAUCUCCUGAUGGCCAAUUUGGUAGUUACAUUAUACGGAAUAGCACUGUUGGAGGAAAGAAAGAAUGGACAGGACUGAUUGGAGAGCUGGUAAAUCAGCAAGCUGAUAUGAUUGUAGCACCCCUUACCAUCAACCCAGAAAGAGCAGAGUUCAUUGAAUUCAGUAAACCAUUCAAGUAUCAGGGAAUAACAAUUCUGGAAAAGAAGCCAUCAAGAUCUUCUACAUUGGUGUCAUUUCUGCAGCCAUUCAGCAAUACCCUCUGGAUUCUUGUGAUGGUCUCAGUACAUGUGGUGGCAUUGGUUCUGUACUUGCUGGACAGAUUCUCUCCCUUUGGUCGCUUCAAACUUGCUAAUACUGAUGGUACAGAGGAGGAUGCUCUAAACCUUUCUAGUGCCAUUUGGUUUGCUUGGGGUGUUCUCUUGAACAGUGGGAUUGGAGAAGGCACUCCCAGGAGUUUCUCUGCAAGGGUUCUGGGGAUGGUGUGGGCAGGCUUUGCAAUGAUCAUUGUUGCCUCAUACACAGCCAACUUGGCUGCUUUCCUUGUGUUGGAGAGGCCCAAGACAAAACUCACUGGAAUCAAUGAUGCAAGACUAAGAAAUACAAUGGAAAAUCUCACUUGUGCCACAGUCAAAGGUUCUGCAGUGGACAUGUACUUUCGACGACAAGUGGAACUGUCUAACAUGUACCGCACCAUGGAGGCUAACAAUUAUGACACUGCUGAGGAAGCUAUACAAGAUGUCAAAAAAGGGAAACUCAUGGCCUUCAUCUGGGACAGUUCACGGCUGGAGUUUGAAGCAGCACAAGACUGUGAACUGGUGACAGCAGGUGAAUUAUUUGGACGGUCUGGUUAUGGGAUUGGCUUACAGAAAGGUUCCCCAUGGGCUGAUGCAGUUACUCUUGCUAUCCUCGAUUUUCAUGAGAGUGGUAUCAUGGAGAGCCUGGACAACCGCUGGAUCUUACAAGGAAAUUUUCAGCAAUGUGAACAGUUUGAAAAAACACCUAACACCCUGGGCCUGAAAAAUAUGGCAGGGGUGUUCAUUUUGGUAGCAGCUGGUAUUGUUGGGGGAAUUGGUCUCAUUAUCAUUGAAAUGGUUUACAAAAAGCAUCAGAUUCGAAAACAGAAGAGAAUGGAACUUGCACGACAUGCUGCUGACAAGUGGCGUGGAGCAAUUGAGAAACGGAAGACACUGAGAGCAACAAUGGCUGCCCAGCGCCGUCUCAAAGCUAAUGGUGUAAAUGACCCAGCAACUGUUAGCUUAUCAGUAGAUGCACUACCUCAACACUGUAUGGAGACUAGAAGUCCUGCUCGUGCUUGGCCAGGUGGUUGCGAUGUCCGACAACGCAUUCCUCACACAGAUGAGAUUCGAGUGGCAACUACAACACAAAGUAACUUGGCUUAUGGGGCUGGCUUACCUGAUAUGAUAGUGUAAUUUACUGUGUAAUAUUUUAUAAACUGAACUACUCGCAUAUAUUAGGGAGAGUAUGUACUUGCUGAAUUACGGAAAAAGUGUUUGUGUUACCUGGCAUACUAUAUUUCACCUGCAAAAUGGUUGCUACUCUACAGUAUACAAGCAUUUUAGAAUAUUACUUUUUUGUUUCUGACUGAUUAGUUCCUGUUUAUAGCCUUAAAAUAAACCCACUUUCUCAGUCAGAACUGAAGCAUGAUCUAAGAUUUUGCAAGCAUGUACUAUUUCAUUGAUCAUAAUUUUGGGAGUAGGUACAAUUUUAUGAUGUGAUUUGUGUAUAAGAAUAUUUAAUUACUUACAACCCUCUCAUGAAAUUAGAUAUGAAAAUGGGCUGAUGUUGCAACAGGUUAUAUAUUUCAACGCAGUUACAAAUUCAUGGAAAAAUAUAAAUCUGGAAGGUUCUAUGCCUGUAUAUUUUGUUAGAAUUUGUCAAGAACUAUAUGUAUCUUUUAAUUUUGGGUAGAAAAAAUGAAACAAUUAAAAAAAAUAUGAUUCUUUUACUGGGGGCAUAUGGUUGCAUAGUUGGUCUAGGCACUGUGCUACAAACCAAAAAGUCGAGGACUCGAUUCCCAAUGAGAUCACCGGGGUUUUCAAUUUACU